GUCUUGGAGCGGAUGAGUCUGUCAAGCUCAUCCGGGUCACCUGUGUCCAUCCGGUGUCCUCCAGUGAAAUGCCACGGGCACCGGCUUCGCCACCUCCUAUCGUGGUCCCGAGAGCCAGUGAAAGGUUUUUAGAAGCCACGUGGUGUAUUGUAACUAAAGGUGGCUGCAUGAUUUCUCAGGCACGGGUGUCUAGACAGACCUCAGUAAGAUGACUCUCCAGGAGUUGGUGCAUCAGGCUGCCUCCGUCCAUAUGGACAGAACAGCUGUGUGUUUUGAUGAAGGCAACAGCCAGCCUCCAGUGUGCUACACCUACAAGGCUCUGCUGAGCGAGGCUUCAGAAUUAUCCAGUUUCCUGCUAGCACACUGUGACUUCGGAGGAAUUCGGGAAAUUGGUCUCUACUGUCAACCUGGAAUAAACUUACCCUCUUGGAUUUUAGGGGUCCUUCAGGUCCCGGCAGCUUAUGCACCUGUCGAUCCAGACUCACCACCAUCAUUGUCGACCCACUUUAUGAAGAAAUGUGGCCUUAAGUAUGUUCUUGUUGAAAAAAAGCAGGUUAAUAAAUUCAGAUCUUCUCAUGAAGCAGUUUUGAACUGUAAUACGGUUUCAGAAGAGCACAAGGACCUGGUGCUCUUCAGAUUGCACUGGGAAAACAGGGAGGUGAACUCAGGGCUUAGGGACAGAAAAGGUAAAUACAAGGUGGACGACAGAAAGCACAGCAGGGCUUGUGAGAGCGGCGCUGAGGAGAAGGAGCGCGUGGACCUGCGGCAGGAGUGCUGCUUGGCUUAUGUCCUGCACACCUCAGGGACCACAGGGACACCGAAGAUCGUCAGAGUGCCGCACGCAUGCAUAUUGCCCAAUGUCCAGCACUUCCGGGUACUUUUUGGCAUCACCCAAGAAGAUGUUUUGUUUCUGGCUUCACCUCUGACCUUCGACCCAUCUGUCGUGGAAAUAUUUGUUUCUCUCUCCAGUGGGGCCUGUCUACUUAUCGUACCAACUUCUGUCAAAGUGCUCCCAUCAAAAUUAGCUGAUGUUCUCUUUUCCCGCCACAGAGUGACUGUGCUACAGGCAACGCCAACAUUGCUGAGAAGAUUUGGAUCUGAGCUGAUCAAGUCCACUGUCCUGUCAGCGCAUACUUCUCUGAGAGUGCUAGCCCUUGGUGGGGAAGCCUUCCCCUCACUGUCCAUCCUCAGAAGCUGGCGAGGCAAAGGCAACAGGACGCAGAUAUUUAACAUUUAUGGUAUCACUGAGGUAUCCAGUUGGGCGACUUUUUACAGGAUCCCAGAGGAGAUUCUUAAUUCUACUGUGAAGCAUGAUUGCACUGUGCAGCUGGGGUCUCCACUACUUGGAACAGUGGUUGAAGUCAGAGACGCAGAUGGGUCCCCAGUUCACGAAGGCACUGGCCAAGUAUUUUUAGGUGGGGAAAACAGAGUGUGCUUCCUUGAUGAUGACAUGACAGUGCCCCCUGGCACCAUGCGAGCCACAGGAGACAUCGUGACUGUGAAAGACGGAGAGAUGUUUUUCCUGGGAAGAAAGGACAGCCAGAUCAAGCGCCAUGGCAAACGCCUUAACAUUGAGUUCGUACAACAGGUGGCUGAAGACCUUCCCCAGGUGGAGACCUGUGCAGUCACGUGGUAUAAUCAGGAAAAGUUGGUUCUCUUCGUCGUCGUCUCCAAAGCUGGUUCAGUAAAGGAUUGCAUCUUUAAAGAACUGCGGAAACACCUCCCAACACACGCCCUCCCUGAUGACGUGGUGCUGAUUGAUAGCCUCCCGUUUACAUGCCACGGUAAAAUUGAUGUUUCCGAGUUAAACAAGAGAUAUUUAGACUACAUAAACUCACAGCCCAGGAAUAAGCCCCAUGGAAAAGAGGAACUUUGGGAAAAAUUACAGUAUUUAUGGAAGUCUGUUCUGAGUCUCCCUGAGGAUCCCGAGGGUACUUUGAAGGUUCCCGACAACUCCACCUUCUUAGACAGUGGCGGGGAUUCCCUCAAGUCCACAUGGCUCCUCAAUGAGAUUGAAAAACUGACCGGGACACCCCUUCCUGGCCUUCUGGAAGUUAUUCUCAGCAGCUCCCUCUUAGACGUUUACAGCCUCCUCAUCCAAACCGUGUUUGCGCAGGAGGACCCGAAAGUCAGCAGGAGUUAUGCCACAAAAAGGAAACUCAGUGACACCGAUCCCGAGGAAGCCGGGGGGAAGCCUGCACAUCUGCCACCUGCCUUACCUUCAAAACGGGACAGCGAGACAAACGCUGUGCUGGCUCUGAGCAGAGGGAGCCAGGCUUUGUCUCUGGGCACCGGGAGGCUUUUAACUAAGUCAGGACACUGCCCCUCAGUCUGUCCUCUGGAUUUAAUUCCACAGAUGAACACUCAAAUAUUAAGAAGCAUAAGACCCCCAGUGCCUGAUGAAAGGUUGGAAAAGCCACCAGUUUCUCAGGAGAGGAGCCCUGGGGCAGGGGCUGAGAGGAUGGUGCUGCGUGAGAGGUGGCGAUCAGACACAGGCAAAUGCGUAGAUGCUUCCCCUCUGCUUGUGAUAGCAGCUGUGGAUAAGUCGUCCACUACCAUGUAUGUCGGCUCCCACUCGCACAGAGUGCAGGCAGUUGACCUUUACUCUGGGAAGAUGAGGUGGGAACAGCUUUUGGGAGAUCGAAUUGAGUCCUCAGCAUGUGUGUCUAAGUGUGGAAACUUUAUUGUAGUGGGCUGUUAUAAUGGAUUAGUUUAUGUUCUAAAAAGUAACAGUGGAGAAAAAUAUUGGACAUUUACUACUGAAGAUGCUGUCAAAAGCUCGCCAGCCUUGGAUCCAACCACAGGACUCAUUUACGUCGGAUCCCAUGACCAGCACGCGUAUGCUCUAGACAUUUAUGAAAAGACGUGUGUCUGGAAGCUGAACUGUGGAGGAACUCUGUUUUCUUCUCCAUGUUUGAGUCUGGAGCCACACCACCUGUACUGUGCCACACUCGGGGGACUUCUACUGGCUAUAAACCCGGCUACUGGGAGCAUAGUUUGGAAACACUCCUGUGGAAAGCCUCUGUUCUCUUCCCCGAGGUGUUGCCAGAGGUACAUUUGCAUCGGCUGUGUGGAUGGCGGUUUGCUCUGCUUCACUCACUCAGGAGAGCAGGUUUGGUGCUUCUCUGCUGGAGGACCAAUCUUUUCAUCCCCGUGUAUCUCAGCAUCAGAGCAAGAAGUAUUUUUUGGUUCCCAUGACUGCUUUCUCUACUGCUGUAGCGCAGAAGGUCACCUCCGGUGGAAGUUUGAGACGACAGCCAGGGUGUACGCAACACCCUUUGCUUUCUGUGACCACGGCCGUAGCAAUGAAACGCUGCUGGCAGCUGCAUCUACUGACGGGAAGCUGUGGGUCCUCGAGUGUCAGAGUGGAGAGCUGCGAAGUGUGUGUGAACUCCCUGGAGAGGUAUUUUCUUCUCCCGUGGUCUGGGAGUCAAUGCUUGUGAUUGGGUGCAGAAAUAAUUAUAUUUACUGUCUGGAUUUACUGUGCGCUGAUAAGAAUAAUCAUCGUCCUUAAAAGUAUGUAUGUGCGAGACGGUCGGAAAAUGUCAUUGUAAAGCUAUAUGUAGAUUUUAUAUUAAAGAGUCUAUUUUGGUUAAGGAAUUUGUCUGCGGUACUUCAAGAGAGAGCAGCUAUGUUUAUUUCCUAUGGAAGAUGCAGGAGCUUCAAGGAGGAGAGGAUAAACCACUUGGUAAGUUUAGUAGUACUUUUAGUUAUGUGUGCUGGUGCGCUGACUAGUUUUAUGUCAACUUGACACAAGCUAAAGUCAUCUGAGAGGAGAGAGCCUCAACUGAGAAAAUGCCUCCAUAAGAUUUGGCUGUAAUGCUCCUGUAGAACAUUUUCUUAAUUAGUGAGCGAUGGGGAACCCAGUGCAUUGUGGGUAGUGCCAUCCCUGAGCUGCUGUUUUUGGCUUCUGUAAGCAUGCUGAUCAAGCAGCAUUUCUCCAUGGUCUUUGCAUCAGCUCCUGCCUCCAGGUUCCUGCCCUGUUAGAGUUUAUGUCCGGAUAUCAUCAUUGAAGAACUGUGCUGUGGAAGUGUAAGCCAAGCAAACCUU